AAUCGAAACGCCUAUGGCUACGAGUGGCUCCUCGAGCGGCUGAUGCUUGGCUGAUGGCGCCUGCAGCAGGCAAGGCUGACAGGGCUGUUUUGUUUUUGGCCUGCUUGAAAUGUUACGAGUUGAUGCAGCUAAGCAUACGUGUCAUGAAAAUGAAGGACAACUUCAUACUGCUCUGACAAUGUUGGUUUUCAAGUGAACGAUGUACCAAAAGUGUUGGUAGCACUUCGGACGUUGGCCACCAGCAUUGCUUCCCAAAUGGCACGAAAAUUAAACGUGCAUCCAACAAGCAGGGACGGGUGUGACAAUGAGGCAUCUGAACUCACAGCUCCUCACGUAAAGGUGACCCGGAGAAGGACCUGGGCUUCACUUGUUGUGGUUCUGGCCUGUCUCUCUGGAGUGGCUAACACAUUACAUACUUCCACCCUCUUCGAGAACGACCGCCACUUCUCGCACCUCUCCAACCUAGAGCGUGAAAUGACAUUUCGUACCGAAAUGGGACUUUACUAUUCGUAUUACAAAACGCUAGUCGAAGCUCCAAGCAUCGUAGACGGGAUUCAUUCCCUGCUUCACGACAAUCGGACCGAGUAUCCAGAGGUUAUGAACACCAUACGCCGCUUCAAUUUGUAUCCAGAGCUUGUGCUGGGGAUCGCAUUCCGGGCAUAUGCGGACAUUGCAGAAAAACUAGGUUUCUCGACGCGAACAUGCUGGAUGGUCUACAGAGGUGGUAACUUACCAGACGCAGAAAGCUGCGAGGGCCUUGGCGACCCGCCAUCCUUCUACGUAACAGCAGUGUUUCUAUGGAACGGGCUUAUCAGUGCUGGCCUUUUCGUCUACGGAUUGCUUUUGAGUGACUCCAUCUUUGGUGGUGUGAUAAGUGUGCUCUGCUUCUUCUACAAUCACGGAGAUUGCACGCGUGUCCAGUGGACACCACCCUUGCGUGAAAGUUUCGCCUAUCCAAUUUUUGUUUGGCAGGCGCUGGCGACGUCGCUUUUCUUACGUCGAGGUGGAAGCACACUCACUUCGGUGGCCAUUACAUUUUUGACUGUAGCGUUUCAUUUGUGCUGGCAAUUUGCUCAGUUCGCACUUUUAACGCAGUGUAUGUCUCUCUUUGCAUGCUUCGUGCUGCAGCAGAUACCACUUGACCGACUGCGUUCACUUAUUGUCCACUAUGCCGUAGCGCUUGUGAUUGCCAACAUCUUGCUGUUUCAGAACGAGAUGCUUCUGACAUCGCUUUAUGCGUCGUUUUUGUUGUCUGCCAUUGUUGUCAUCAAAAUGUUCGCGCUGUACUCGAAUAAGUUGAAGAAGCAAUGCGUGUCUCACUGGGAAGCUCUCGCGCUUCCCACGGUGGUUGUCGUACUGUCCAUUGUCGUGAAGCUUGCCUUCUCAAGACUCUUGGGUGUUGCUAGUGAUGUACAUAUUUGGAAUAUUCUGUUAUCUAAAAUGACGAGGUACAAAGAUUUUCACACGAUGUUGUACACGUGUGCACCGGAGUUUGACUUCUUGAACCUUAGCACUGUCUUGUCACUAACAUGGACGCUGUUGAUCCCAAGCAGCAUAAUAUGCUGUCUUUCCUGCGUCUUUGUAAUAAUUGCCAAGCCUGGGUGUAAAAGUCUUCACGGUGCAGUCUUGUACAACAUUCUCCAGGCGGCCGUCUUUUGCGCCAUGGCAGCUUUCGUAAUGCGGUUGAAGGUCUUCAUGACACCGCACCUAUCUAUCAUUGUGGCUCUACUUUCUUCAAAACACUUUUUUAGCUUCAUCAAAUCGACACGUAUAUACGCGUCCGUGAUAGUAGCACUCGUUGCUACGAUGACGUUUCAAGGGAUUAAGAAUGUUCGCAACCAAAGAUCAAUCAUUGGGGAGUACAGCAACCCAAAUUUGGAAGAACUGCUGCUGUGGGUAAACAACAGCACCCCAGAAACGGCCGUAUUUGCAGGUCCAAUGUCCACCAUGGCUAAUCUCCUCCUGUCCACUAGAAGGCCCAUUGUAAACCACCCUCAUUACGAGCACGCCCCCUUACGCGAGCGCACAAAGAGAGUGUAUUUAAUGUAUAGUAGGAUGACGCUGUCAGAGUUACAUACUGUUCUGAGUUCCAUGAAAGCACAGUACCUCGUAGUAGGAUCACAGUGGUGCCAAGGGCGGUCAAGGACUGGCUGCAGCCUUACAGACAUCUGGGAUGCUACAGAUGGCAAAACUUACAACAAAAAGGACGACUUACCAGCUUGCGUCAUCCUGCAGGACCCAGAUCGGAACCCAGUGCCUUUCAUAAGGGUAUUUAGCAAUGAUGAAUACACGGUGGUCAGGCUUUAGGCCUCACCUGCACAGAGAGCUCUUCUUCCUUCGUGUCGUGUGACAGUUGUUUCAUUACCUGUUCCUAUGAUGUAUUGGUUCUACAUUCCUUAAACAACGACCGGAAAAUUAACAUUAUUGAAGUUGAAGUCACUGGUUGGAUUUUUAUGCAGAAUAAUCUGUGCAAGAUUACUGCCUACAAUUUGUUGAUGUGUUUUGAACUCUACAAAGGAUGGUAUUUGACUGAUGAGAUGUGACUGAUUCUUAUUUUCUACAUGACUAACAAUUAUGCUGUGAAUUCAUGAUGAAUGAUGUGAUGUGAAUUCUUGUAUGUCUGAAGCUGCAGUAUUUUUCUGAAAGAGGGCAUGAAAGGGUAGUAAAAUUUAGUCAGAAUUAUACAGGAUGAAGAGAGGGUUGAAUCUGAAUAUAUGGCACCUCAAAAGCAGAAUUGCAUACUCCAGUAUUUCUUUUUUGUAUGUGUUUUUUUUUUAUAGCACUUGGGUGUUAUAGCGUAUACAGAUAUAAUGAUUUGAAUACCAUAUAGCAAUAUAGUACAAGAUUCAUAAAGCCGAAUGGGAAACCUUAAAGAUAAAGCCAAAUACAAUUGGACGUUUAGCUUCACUUGGGUGUUAUAGCGUAUACAGAUAUAAUGAUUUGAAUACCAUAUAGCAAUAUAGUACAAGAUUCAUAAAGCCGAAUGGGAAACCUUAAAGAUAAAGCCAAAUACAAUUGGACGUUUAGCUUUUGUGGUAUAAGUUCCAUUUGGUUAUUAUUGUUUUAUGCCUUCACAUAAGAACUGCAUUCAUGUCUUUCUUUGCGAAUGCUGUACCAUAAUAGUGACUGGGUUCCGAUUUGUAAAUGGAAUGCUGAAUCCUCUGUUUGGGUCCACUUCAUUGUCAUGCUUUACCCUUUUUUACAUGCAUGUUUACAGGAAACUGUUUUAACAUGCUGUAUGUAGUAAGAAAAAUAAGUUCAUCUGAUUCACUCCCAUAACCGUGUAUCCACACGAGUGACAUUCCGCAGAAUACUACAGCGGAAGAUGCAAAAAAACGUCAUAGCUUUCUGCUGUCACGUGAACGUGAGCGCUCAACGGCAUGUCUUCACAUACACUGCUAACAGUGGGGAAUAUCAGCCACAAGAUAUUCCGUAGCAGACGACAGGAAAAGACGGCGACGGUGUCGUCUGCAAAGUGUGCAGUACGCCACUCCCGAUAUUCCGUACCGUGUGAGUGCUUAACAUAACACAGGACGGAACUUCGGCUUUGUGAGCAGUGUUCUUGCUUUUCCUUCCACUAGAAUCUUCCGUGAGGAUGUUGCAUGUAUGAAUACAUGGCAGAAAGAGCCAAACAUGUGACUGCUGGUUCUCUAUGAACAGAGUUUGUCAGUGACCAUUCACAUAACGCUAUCUGGAGUACCAAUCGACAUUUUAUUGUAAAAUUUCAGUUAUAAAACUGUUUGGUAGACAGCA